CCGUAGGUAUGACGCGGCUUGUGGAAGUGAAUGCAGUGCUCUUCAUCUGACAACACUAGAUCAGCUGACUCCCCGCCAAAUCCAAGAUGUCGCAAUCGCUAAGGAAACUGUACACGAUUAUUUUCGUUAGGGAAGGAACCAGAGUCCUGCUUGGAUACAAGAAGCGAGGAUUUGGCCAAGGAAGAUGGAAUGGAUUCGGAGGCAAGGUGGAGUCCGGUGAAACUGUAAAGGAAGGGGCCGUCAGGGAGUUGAAGGAGGAAGCGGGUAUUGAUGUGCCUCACCAAGACGUGGAAAAAGUGGCUGAUCUCGAGUUUACCUUCGAGGGAGAAAAGACACUCAUGCAUGUGCACGUCUUUCUCGCCCAAGCCUUCACCGGGACCCCCACCGAGAGUGAAGAGAUGAGGCCACGUUGGUUUUCCGUGGACGAACUGCCGUUCUCUGACAUGUGGCCUGACGAUCACAUGUGGCUUCCAGUGGUACUGCGUGGAGGCAAGGUGCGGGCCGCCUUUCACUUCCGUGGCCACAACGAUAUCCUCUCGCAGCGUGUUGAGGAAGUGGAUGCCUUUACCUAAACGUGUUGGUUGGCUCUGUGCAGAAACUGAACAACAUUCGAAUAUAAUGCACUGUUCAUAUAA